AUGGAAUCUGGGAACGGAACCGACUCACAACCUCUAUUUGAUGAUACGGAUGGUAUGAACACUGUUUUGGAACCUACUAAUGGUUCACAGCAAGUCGAUGCUAUUGGGAACCUUACCGCUUUAGUAAAUGUGCUUCUAGGCAGAGUAGAAGCACUUACACAGAAAGUGGAAGCUUCGUGCAGAGUUGAAUGUUCAAAUCGAACUGUUCCGUGUAACAGGUCAGCAAACACGGAAGUUCGUCAACACUUACAAGGUACUGUUGAUACGCACAUACCAGCAUGUUUGGUGGAUAGCAAAGAAGCAUUUCCACCUCUCGUUCAAAACGAUAGCGUUUCUGGUGUGUUGGCUCAAUCCGAGCGAACACAAACAGCCACUAUGCAGUCUGUUCAGCAUAUUCAGCAUGCCGGCAGUUCGGAAAGCCCGAUUCAACCGGGACAGAGACAGCCUGCAGACUCGCAGUCAACGGGUGGUGCUGCUACAACCAAUAUUGGAUUACCUCCUUUAAACGGGAGGUCUACUUAUGCUAAUAGACUUGUCCGUAACAACGGGAUUCCUGAUAUCAACCAUAUGGGACAAGGUAAUCCAAACAGCUUCGUUACCGAUAAUAGACAAUAUAAUCGGAAUAUCACAGAUGAAUGUAAUGUAAAUGUACGGGACAUUCCUUCUAUGGCAUCAUUUUUAAAUAAUGGUGAUUUUUUUACAGAUGCAGAUAUUAAUAAUGCAGGUCAACAUUUGUUUAAUUUACAAAACAAUAACACGCUAAUGAAUGUUAUAGAUGAAUUUGACAUUAAAAUGUUUAAAUGCAGGAAGCUCCAAUUGGAAGUUUCAUAUCUUACUGAAUGUAUAAACAAAAAAGUUAUACCUAAGGGUCUCCGUCAAUGGAGAUUUCCAGCAGGGCUUGUAGCUGGCUCAACAUUUCAUGCUGAAUUGUUGGAAUUGUUUGAUAGACAAGCAGUAGAAUUUUUAAAAGCACUUAUCAACUUUUAUGAUUCAGAAAUAAUUAGAUUUAAGGGUGAGCUUGAGUCUCUGGACCAAAUUAUAAAAGGACACAUAGAUUUCUCAAGAUAUAAAUUUGAGUAUUGUCGAAUUUAUACCAGUAUAGAUACAGCAAUGGAGAAAUUCUUGAGUACUAAAAAACGCAAGCUCCAGAGGGACAUUACUGCGUACGCUAAUAAUGAAGCCUACCCUGACCCCCCUCCACUUAAGGCUGAGACUAUAAACAAUCAGGGUAUUCUAGUUGAAUCUAACGACCAGGUAGCGCAGAAUGAUGAUGGUCAUCAUGUUUCGUCUAUAUCAGCUAAUGAGCCAGUUCAAAAUGUACAGCUCCGACGGAGUGAAAGACUUAUCAAUCAGCAAAAUAAUAGAAAUAAUAAUAAUAACAAUUGUUCCGUAGGAAAUAAUAACCAAUCUAAUCAGGGUUUUCACCCCAGGAACAACAAACGUUCGAACAACAACAGGAACACGAACGUCAAUUCCCCAUUAAUGAGGAAUACCAGGAGGCAACCCAAGAGAUAG